AGACUGUGUUCAGUUUGCUACGUACUAUAAGUCCAAAGUGAAAUCCAAUCCUGACUCUAAACCACUGGAUGACAUUAGCAUCUGACACCACCGGAACUUCAACAGUAAUCAAUCAUCCACAUCCCAGGGAAAAACAGAUCUUGGUUCUUGGUUUAGACGGUGCUGGAAAAACCAGCAUUCUCAACAGUUUGGCCAGCUGCAAUGUGAAACGUAAAACAUCACCUACCCAAGGUUUUAAUGCAGUCUGCAUACACACUGGAGGCUUCAAAUUAGACUUCCUUGAAAUUGGUGGCAACUACAACUUGCGAUCAUACUGGAAUCUAUACCUAAGUAAAGCUCACUUGUUAAUCUACGUGGUGGAUUCCACAGAUCAGGAACGUUUGUCCCUUGCAGGGCAAGAGCUGCGGCAGCUGCUCAGAAAAGAUCCGUCACUGCCUCUAGUGCUAUUGGCAAAUAAACAGGACCUUGCUGGAGCCCUCAGUAUUUAUGAUCUUCAGAAAAAGCUCCAAGUCCAGGACAUGAAACAUGAAAGAAAGCUUUUCCUUAUGGCUACUAAUGUCAGUGAUGAUGGAACCAAGAUCUCUGAAAGUAUCUGUGAUGUUAAAGACCUUAUUACUCAAUUGAUUUUGCAGAAGAUUUGAGCAGAGAUCAAUUCAUAGUUCUGGAGGACUUUUUAAAUUUACUAAAUACUGUAAUUCUAUCAACAGUAUCUUUUCAUAAUUUCCUUCUCCCACACAAGAUCCAAAUAAGUGAUUUACCUUUGCAAAAAAAUUAUCUAAUAGUGUCUGUACUUAAAACAGUUUCAAUAUAGAUGCAAGAACUAACCAUCUCAGAACUGUUUCAGCAUUCAUCUCAUCAUAAUUUUCAAUGAUGUUGGUGGAAGAAAACAACUUCAAUUUUUUUAAAAAUGUAAUUGUAAUAUUGGUUGUUAUAAUUUAUACUUCAGCCAAGCUGCUUAAGUCUUACACAACAGCUGAAUUCUUGUCUGCUCAAUUUUUUAAAAAUAAUGAACAGGAGCAGGUUCUGGUGCUAGGUAAUAGUGGUCUAAAUAUACUUUUCCAAAAAUCAUAGGUAAACAUCCUGAAGACUUUGUGUGGAGGUAUCCUUUAUGAAUCUUCAGGAGGAUGGUGUAGUGGCGGUGCGUGGUGGCUAGAUAGAAUUGUUAAUUGCUCCAGUCAGGUAUAAAGUAAUUCUUAUUCUCGAAAACAGCUGUGUCAGGGGUGAGUGAAUUCAAAUAUUCAUCAUAUAUGGAUUUGAAAUUUAUAACUUGUUUACGUGAUUUGGCCACAGUGGUGGCAAAUAGUUCAAUAGGUUAACUUCAAAAUGCAAAACAAUUUUGUUUUCUUUAUCAUGAAACUAGAUUCUUUUUUAAAGACUGUAACAAUACUUGGGCGGCACAACAUGGUGGGCCAAAGGGCCUGUAUUGUGGCGUAUUGUUUUGUUCUAUGGUACUUUGAAUUUCCAUUCAUCUACUCUCUAAAAUUACUCUAGCCAUUCAAAGACAAUUGUUACUUUAAUUCUUAAAUAGUUAAAAUGAUUAAAUAAGACUUUACACUUUACUAAACACUUUACAAGUUUUCCACUUCUAAAAUUUUGGGAUAAUUUGAACCUGGAUCAAUUAAGCUGUUCUAGUGGUUGUACAAAUCUUCUGGUUUCUAAAUUACUGUCUACACCUUCAAAUUUAUGACUUGAUUCCAAGCCAUAAUGCACAAACCUCCUCUAGUUGUCUACCUUUCUGCUUGGGUGCUAAAAACAGAAGUUCUUCCCAGGGAAGUGAGGGAGGAGGAAAGAGGAAAUAAAAAUUAGGAGAAAAACACCUUAACCAACUAUAGCUUGUUUGUUAUUCAAAACUUACGGAGGAAUGCAGUGUAGGAUUCAAGUCAGGAUUGUGUUGAUAAGCUUAAUGCAAAAAGCAAACCAAAGUUGAAGAAAUGACAAAGCCAAUUUUUAAGACAUUCUGAAUCUACAGUAACUUUAUUUUUAAGCUUCAUUUAAAUGGUUUAAGAGUUCAAUAACUGGCUUACUGGAGCUAAUAACAGACAGACAAAAGCAAACAGUGCAAGUGGCAGAAGAAUGUUUUAUUCCGGUAACCAUUUUAGUUGACAGAUUAUUUACAAUUAUUGGAGGAAGAUUUAAAGAUGCAAAAUAAUUUGUAAUGAUGCAAACGUUGUAUCAUUUGUACUAACCAACUUUUUUGCUAUUAGGUAUGUAUAAAAGAAUAUGCUCAUGCUGCUGAAUCAAAAUAAAUUUACAAAUGGAUAUUUUCAAUUUCAACAUGCUUCAAAAUUACACUUCAAUCUGUGUUGGAUUUGCUUAUUUACUACAUUGUAUAUCGAGCACAGAAACUGGUCAGUUUACCAGGUCCAUGACAGAAAACAAAACUCAAGUCAGGGAUCCUUCCUCAAAUGGGCAGAUGUAAGUUUUUAAAAAGUAGAGCUGAGGGUGGGGUGGGGGGGGGGCAGUGUGGAGGAAGAGAAGGGGGAAAGAUGCAAGACAAAAAACUAUAAUCAGAUAGGUGAUAAGGAGCACGAGUACUGGCUAUUAAUGUGGCAUUUUAAAGAAACAGAGCAAGAAGGGGACACAAGCAUGAAAAUGGGAAACAGAGAGUAACUCAUCUGAAAUUGGAAAAUUUAAUGUUCAUUCCAGAAAGUUGCAAAGUACUAGAGGAAAGAUGUUGUAGUUUAUGUUGACAGUGGAGGUGGCCACAGACAGACAGGUCAGAAUAGGAGUUGGAUAGAGAAUUAAAAUAGCAUGCAACAGGAAACUCAGUAUUGUCCCUGCAGACCAAGUGCAGAUGUUCUGCAAAGUGAUCACACAAUCUGCCUUUGGUUUCUCCAAUGGAGAAGAGGCCACAUUGUGAAUAACAAAUGCAAUAGACUAGAUGAGAAGCAUACUGUCCAUGUCAAUGUCUAUGCCAUAUACAACCCUUUUUUGUUAAAAAAAACCCCAACAGAUCUUAUCUCCCUCAUGAUUAUCUGGCUUCCCACUGAAUAAACCUCUGCUGUUCGCAGUAACAAGUUUCACAUUUUAAGUACUUUGGUAAAGAAGGUUCUUUCAACUUUCCCUUUGCAUUUAUCAAUAAACUCUUAUUUAUAGUUCCUACCAUAGGGCCCAAUGAGAGAAACAUCUCUAUGUUUGCAUCCUUUCACAAGACUUCUUGAUACAUGAUCAAAGAUGUAGGUUAAUAGGUUAUUUGUUUGCAGUAUCAGCUUAAGAUUUUA